AUGGCUACGACUGUGAUUGUUGGAAGCGGCAUCAUUGGCAUCGCGACGGCGUACUACCUCUGUGAACAUCAACCUGGCUGGUCGAUUCACGUCGUCGACUCUUCUACGGAGCUCUUUGCCUCGGCGUCGGGUUAUGCCGGCGGCUUCAUCGCCAAAGACUGGUUUCCGCCGGAACUUGCGUCCCUGGGCGCUCUCAGCUUUGAGGAGCAUGAGAGACUCGCGGAGAAGUACGAUGGGCAUGAGAAGUGGGCGUAUGCCAAGUCGGUGACGGUGAAUUAUGAGCCUCCGAGGAGGAAGGCUAAUGGACCUGGAGGUGAGGAUUGGUUACGUGAGGGAGGUAGCAGGGUAGAUUUGGUGGCGGAGAAGAGAGAUGUUGAGGAUGGGAAUAGUCCGCCUUGGUUGAGACGUGUCAAGGGUGAUGCUGUUAGUGUGGUUGACAAUGCUGAGGGGACGGCUGUUCUUGACCCCAUCAGACUCUGUCAGUUCCUCCUAGGAAGGUGUCGAGCUGCUGGUGUCCGAUUUCACCAUCCUGCAGUCGUUCUCAACGUUGGACCUGACUGCCAUGAUGAACUCUCACAUGUCCGCAUCGGCUUCACCGACUGCUCCUCCGAGACUGAGAUCCCGGCCACAAGGAUAUAUGCUCGACCGAACGGCGAUAUCUGGCUGGGAGGCGUCAACUCUGCUAUACCGCUACCACCUUUAGCUACGGCUGCAAAACCUAUGCGAGGGCCUCUGGAGAAGUUGAAAGCUACGGCGAGACAACUGAUCAAGUCGGAGGGUGAGCUGGAGGUUGUUCGAACUGGGCUGUGCUUCCGGCCUGUGACGCAGAGGGGCACGCCGUACGUUACGCGGGUGGAAGAUGUAGAUCUAAGACAAGGGUACAGGACGAGAAAAGGGGCCGAUGGAGGCGUGUUUGUUGCGGCGGGACAUGGGCCUUGGGGGAUUAGUCUGUCGCUGGGGACGGGAAAGGUCAUGGCGGAGAUGAUGCAGGGGAGGGAGCUGAGCGCUGAUAUAAGUGGUUUGGGAUAUCUACCAUGA